UAGUGGGGCUUUUCCACACUGCCUUCAAGUGAGGAAUUGCUGCAAGACAUUAAAUUUGCCAAUUUGCUUUAAUGGAAACAUGACAAGUGGUCUUUUGCAAAGUAACCAUUAACUAUGCAACUAUCUUAUUAAAUCGAUGCUCAAUUGUCAUUUUAAAUUGAUAGGCUUGACCGGAUCGUCGGUUGUUUUAAAGCGCUUCACUAGGUUUUCCCUGUCAGCAGUAACUAGGCAACGAGACGCUCUCUUGUAAGUUAACGUGAGAUUUUGUGUUUUUCCAUACAAUAGACCAGUUCAGUUAAGUGCACAGUUCUCAGAUAUACCGUCGUAGACCGUUCACUGAAGGUUAAUUUUACAAGAGCUGCAACACGUGUUAAUGUAAAUUUGUUGUUUUUCGUUGCCUAAAUGUUACGCUUUGGCAAGUUAGUUUAAUGUGAACUAGCGCUAGCUUUAGCGUUAGCAGUUACUUAGUGGCCUCAACCGCGCAGGACAAGGGGGAACGCUGUAGAAAAUAAGUGGGAUUGAUAGUCCGAAACGUGAAGUGUGUGGUAAGACAUCAUGUCAGAUGCUGAAGGUAAGGAACAUGAGCAUUCGACAAGCUAUAAAGUGGGAGAGAAACAAGUGCAGGACAAUCAACCAGCAGGUGAUGAUAUGGAGAAGCCGAAGAGCAGUGAAGAAACAGAGGAGGGUGCAGGAGUCAGAAGAGGGGAAACUGAGACUGACACACUCAAGAUGAAUGGGCAGUCUCAAGUCUACACUGCAACCAGAGACACACUUUUCCCAAAGAAGAUAACUCAUACUAGAACACAUGCUUUGUCACUAGAAAGGGUAUUUGGGAUGAAUCCUGCUCUUCCUGUCUUCAGUCUGCAAGACCACGAUCAGCUUGUGGUCCUUUAUGCUGCAGCUCAUGUUGGGAUCAUAUACAAUCACACCUCAAACUGCCAGCACAUACUACAGGGUCACUGCAGUCCCAUUUCAUGUAUGUGCGUGAGUGAAGACAGACGUUGGAUUGCAACAGCAGACAAGGGAAUGAACUGUACCGUGAUGAUAUGGGACUCCUACUCUGGUAUUCCUGUGCAUACAUUCUUCAACUGCCAUCCUGAGGGAGGUGUCAUUGCAAUGGCAUUUUCAGGAGACGCAAGACAUCUGGUAACUCUUGGAGCUGAACAAAUUCAAUGUGUGUGUAUUUGGGAUUGGACAAAUGAAACAGAAAAGCCUUUGUGGUUUACUGACAUCGACCCUAAACAUGGUUUUCAAAAGUACAUCAUUUUUAAUCCAAAUGAUAGUACUCAGCUGCUCAGCAGCAGUGAAAAACAGGUGUUAUUAUACAGGAGGGUGCAGGGAAAUCUGCAAUACAUUGCCCUAAAGCAUAAGAAGACUUCUCAUGAUCCUUCUCAAGCUCUCAACAUAACUGGUGGGCCUGUGUUUCACUGGAGAGAGCCUCGGGUACUGACAGCCUCUGCACCAGGCAAACUUGUGGUAUGGAAUUUGAUGGACCAAUGCCUGCCCGUCGAGAGAGUCAGGCACGUUUACCUCCAGAAAGAGCCGAUCACUGUUCUCACUGUAACUGACAGCUGCCUUGUAACUGGUGACACUCAAGGCCAUAUCAAGCUUUAUGAUGAAAACUACACGCUUCUCACUUCCUACUGUGACUUAAAUCUGGAUACUAUUGCUGCCAUUUCCUUUUCCAAAGAAUAUAGAGAGGGAUAUCUGGAGGACUGCACCACAGAGGCCAAACCAUUACUUAUCAGGAACUUUGUUGUGUCCACUGUGAGUUCCAUAGUGGUGCAUGUGAAUACACAGAAUGGCAUCCCUCAGACUCUGUUGCAUGAGAACUGUGACCCUCUACAUGCAGUGGCCUGCCACCCUAAACAGUCAGCUGUGGCCAUUGGAAAUCAAAGGGGCAAUUUAAAACUGUGGGACUAUAACAAGAAUGUGAUCAUCUGCAGCAGGGUCUUCAAAACACAGAAACAGAUUCAGUGUAUCACUUUUGACCCUCAAGGAUCAUACCUGGCAGUUGGCUUUGGCAGUGGAGCUGUUCAUAUCCUGAAUCCCUGCACUUUGCAAAGUGAUCCAGAGGAGUGUUUCCAUUACACUAAAGAUAGCAUCCAUCACAUCACUUUCUCCUUAAACUCAAAGUAUCUUGCCACUGCGGAUGCUGGAAAAGCAGUGACAGUGUUCCAUUUGCAGACUAAUAAAGACUCUUUGCCUCGCUGGAUGUAUCUGGGCAGAUACCACUCCCACUACAAACCCAUUAAAGACCUUCUUUUUGGGAUUGACCUGGACAGCACCCAGCCCAGACUGCUCUCUCUGGGAAUGGACCGCCGACUGGUGGAGUAUGACCUGGAAAACAGUAACGUGAACCACCUCCUCCUCUUACGCUCGGAGCGCAUUGAGCAAAGUGCUGUGCCGACAUGCAUGACUUGGUACCCUACUGUCACGCCAGAGCAGUUCUUUCUCAUUGCCUCAGACCAAUACAAGAUGAAGCUUUUCAACAGCACAACCAAGAUGUGCAGAAAGACUCUACUUGGUCCAGCAUAUGGCUCUCCCGUUAAGAAAAUAGUGGUACUUCCCAUGCCUAAAGAACCUGAGACAAACUCAUAUUACCUGGCGUUCAUCACAGAGGACAAGGUGGGGCUCCAGAUAUUGCCACUGGAUGGCAACCCUUACAAGUCCAAUGCUUUGAUCUGCCAUCCAACAGGGGUGUCUGCUUUUUCUUGCUCCUACGACGGCCGAUAUAUUUUUACUGCGGGAGGAUCUGACUGCACUGUCUUGUCCUGGGAGAUAAGCAUAAAUGCGCUGGAGGCAGCAGCUGCUCUGGGAGGAAAAGGCCUGGAACCCUUUUACACUCUUUUAAAGGGAGGGAGAGAUGGGAAGUUCUACAGGGAGAUGGAGGAUUUUUUCUAUUAUUGCCAAAUCCGUCAGCAAGGCACUGAGUCAAUGGAGAAACGUCAAGUGUCCACCAGAAUUCUCCUGUCAAACAUUCCCUCUCUAAUGAGAGCACUGGCCUACUUUCCAACUGAGCAAGAGAUAGAAGAUAUGCAAAACGAGGUCAAGUUCAGCAAGUAUGCCGAAACAGGAAAAUAUGUGACCGACAUCGACCUGGAGGAAUUUAUCAAGCUGUAUGUCAAUCACCGGCCAGCCUUCGACAUGUCUAGAGAUGAGCUUGUCCAAGCAUUUCAUGUCCUUGGAAACAAUGACAGUACAGGACAGCCUGUUCUGCAGAGAAAUGAGCUCCUAGAGCUUCUACAGGCUCGAGGAGAACACAUGACAGAGGAGGAGGUAGCAGACUGUUUUGCUACACUGUUAGGCCUCAAUGAAGAGAAGGAAGAAGUAGGAGGAGGCGAAAGAGGAGGCAGAGAUCCAGAAUAUUCACUGGAGGGUGCGAUCCUAGAUGAGAUAUCUAUGGAGACAUUUACAGACCACAUCCUGGGCUUCCCACCCUCAGCAGAGCAGAGUGGCAGGUCUUCCCCUCCAAAGUGAUGAGAGCACCAGACUGUCUGCUAGGACAAGCUGAGCUGAUGAUGACCCUCAGACUCUCUGGUGAUUUUUUUUUUUGUUUUUGCCUAGGGCGGUGUGGACAUGGAACAGCUCAUUCAUGAAUGUCACGCUAGCAUUAGUGAGUCAGUGAGAUGUACAUUGUUUCUGCAUGUAACAGCAGUAGUUUGAUGAAUAAAGGUAUUGC